GAACUGUCAACGUAAAUUACUGCUACGCGAGCAAGAUUAUUCGUAACCGAUUGGGCUGUUGAUGGUUUAACUUACAGCACAAAUAGCCUAAAUGUCACGAUGAUUUUCUUAACUUUCGUCCUUGCACUCGUCACGUUGGCGUCCGGAGCUCGCUAUACGGCAGACUGGACUAGUCUGGACACCCGACCGCUGCCCUCCUGGUACGACGAGGCAAAGGUGGGCAUCUUCAUUCACUGGGGCGUGUUUUCCGUGCCCGCAUUUGACAGCGAGUGGUUCUGGUGGCACUGGCAAGGUCAGAAACCACCGGAUCCCAAUUGCGUGGCUUACAUGAACAAGAAUUAUCCGCCAGGAUUCCGCUACCCGGAGUUUGCAAACGAGUUUCACGCUCAGUUCUUUGAGCCGGAGGAAUGGGCGAAUAUAUUCAACGCUUCUGGAGCAAAAUAUGUCGUCUUGACAGCCAAACAUCACGAAGGUUUUACCAACUGGGAAUCUCCCAACUCCUGGAACUGGAAUUCUGUUGAUACCGGUCCACACAAAGACCUCGUCGGAGAAUUGGGGGAAGCUGUGCGGAAGCGGUCGAUGCACUUUGGACUCUACAACUCCCUUUACGAGUGGUUCCACCCUCUUUACCUGAUGGACAAGCAGAAUGGAUUUAAAACACAGGAAUUUGUACUUCACAAGCUAUUACCAGAGCUGUAUAACAUGGUUGUAAGGUAUAGACCUGAAGUGAUCUGGUCUGAUGGAGACUGGGAGGCACCUGACACAUACUGGAACUCCACGCAAUUUCUUGCCUGGCUCUACAACGAUAGCCCUGUUAAAGAUACAGUGGUAACCAAUGACAGGUGGGGAGCUGGCUGUGCAUGUAAACAUGGAGGUUACUACAACUGUGAAGACAAGUAUACUCCAGGUCAGCUGCCCGCACAUAAGUGGGAGAAAUGCACAUCUGUAGACACGCUCUCCUGGGGCUAUCGUAGGAACAUGAAGAUGAGUGAUUUGAUGGACCUGCCCACCAUCAUAGAGGAUCUGGUUCACACUGUGGCGCUGGGUGGUAACUACCUCCUAAAUGUGGGCCCCACUCCUGAUGGAAUGAUCCCAGCGUUGUUUGAAGAGCGGCUGCGGGGAGUCGGCGCUUGGCUUUAUGUAAACGGGGAAGCUGUCUACGCCUCCAAACCUUGGAGGGUCCAGAUGGAAAAUGCCUCUGUGCCAGUAUGGUAUACAUCCAAAGGGGACAGUAUUUUUGCCAUCUUGACAACUAAACCCCCCAAGAGCACUGUGCAACUUUUGGAACCCAAAACAUCAGCCAACACCAAGGUGAUGUUGUUGGGGAACCCAAAGCCUUUAUCUUGGUCACCUAUCAAGCCCAAUGCCGGCCUUGCCAUUGCUUUACCUGAACUCCCCUGCACUGCAGGACAAGCCUGGACCCUCAAACUGGACGGCGUCAAGUGAACAUUCAGCAUUGCAUGGUCCAAAGUCUAAAACGCAGCGAUCCGAAAAUCCGUUUGACGUUUGGGCUCGACCCCGCACUAUUAAUGACAUUAUGAACACUCCUUUUCACUUCUUUCUUUGUUGCAUGGUGACAAAAUGGUCAAAACCAUUUUGAUAAUUCAAUGACUGAAACGCAAUGCUGUCUUUUUUUUUUUUUGGACUGUUUUUCAAAAAUAAAAAAAAUGAAAAUAUU